CUUUGAAUUUGGUGUCGAUCCCAACUUGGAUCUUGAACUUGCCUUGGCACUUCGAGUUUUAAUGGAAGAAGAAAGAGCAAGACAAGAAGCAGCUGCGAAGAUGGCUGCUGAAGAAAUUGCAGAACAAGAGAAAGGAGAAAACCAGCCAACUAUCCAAGAUGUUGGCAUGACAAAAAAUGUUGCUGUUGGAAUAUUUGAAUCUGAAAGCAAGGCUUCUGAUCUAAUGGAUGAUAAAAAUGCCUUGUUGGAGCAGGCACUAACUAUGUCUAUGGAUUCUACUUCUAACUAUACCACACGAGACAUUAAAAUGCUUGAAGCAGCUUCAGAUGAAGAAUUGGCAAUUGGUGAGUGAUUUCAGUGUAGAUGGAUCCAUGGAUCUGGAUAUGGAGAACCGGUUGAAGGCAGCC